CCAAAACAAGGAGGACUGCGCAUCAAUCUUUGUUGUUUUGUGCAAGGAAACAAAUGAAAAUGAAAUAGAUUUUGGUCGACUAUGUCGAUUUGUGAACAUUUAAAUGACUAUAAAUCAAUUCAUGGAACAAAUGCGUAUCGAUUAAUCCAUGCAUAUUUCGUAGCUUGCCCGUCGGCUGAAGCCAGGCGACGAAAGGCUGCUUCCAAUAGAUGUCAUACAUGUCAGAAAUAUGCACUAAGGCUUCAUGCCUGCUUACACUGUGUUUAUUUUGGAUGCUAUAAUGACAGGCAUAUUCAUGGACAUGCUGAAAGGAAGGGCCACCAUCUGGCUAUGGAUUUAAGUUAUGGAACCGUAUUCUGUUUUGCCUGUAAUGAUUACAUGUACGAUCCAGAAUUAGAAACAAUUUCUACCUCACAACAUCAAAAAUCUGCAAAGGCUCAAGGAUUAAAACAACAGUUUAUAAGAUGGGAACCUACUGAUAUUGAGAAGGAAAUACUAUUACAGAAUCCUAAAAGAAGGAAAGUAGAAACUACAUCAACAAUAGGUCUUCGAGGAUUGAUUAAUUUAGGAAACACUUGUUUUAUGAACUGCAUUGUACAGGCAUUGAUUCACACCCCAGUUUUGAGAGACUAUUUUUUAGCUGACAAACAUGUUUGUGAAAUGAAGGACGACGAAGCUCGGCAGUGCCUUGUUUGUGAAAUGUCCAGACUUUUUCAAGAAUUUUACUCUGGAGCCAGGGCUCCACAUAUUCCGUUUCGUCUUUUACACCUGGUGUGGACCAAUGCUCGUCACUUGGCAGGAUAUGAGCAGCAGGAUGCUCAUGAGUUCCUGAUUGCAGCACUUGAUGUGUUACAUAGACAUUGUAAAGGUUACUCCGCCAAUCAUUUGUUAUCUCACAGUCGACCAAGUAUUCAAGGUACUAAUGGGACCAACAACCCAAUUGUACACUGUAACUGUAUAAUUGAUCAGAUCUUCACUGGUGGACUUCAAUCAGAUGUUACAUGUCAGCAGUGCAAGAAUGUAUCAACAACUAUAGAUCCUAUAUGGGAUAUAUCUCUAGAUCUAGGCCCAGGACCUCCACAAUCCAAUGGCACAACUAACUCCUCUCCUAGCUCAGGUUAUUCUAAUAGUCCAGGAACAUAUGAACCUACCUCACUACUUGACUGCUUAAAAAGAUUUACCAAACCUGAACAUUUAGGGAGUUCAGCCAAAAUAAAGUGUAGCACAUGUCAAAGUUAUCAGGAAUCAACAAAGCAACUGACAAUGAAAAAACAACCUGUAGUGGCAUGUUUUCAUCUAAAGAGGUUUGAGCACUCAACAGGGUAUCAUAAAAAGAUAUCAACGUUUGUAUCAUUCCCAGACGAACUUGACAUGACUCCAUUUAUGUCUUCAUCUCGUGACAAUAAAAAUGGUUACAUCAAUCAAAUCGUCCAAGAAUCUGCCAAAAGUCUUUCAUGUGAUAACAAGUAUUCCUUAUUUGCUGUGGUAAAUCAUAUGGGUACUAUAGAAUGUGGUCACUACACAUGCUAUAUACGUCAACACAAGGACCAGUGGUUUAAAUGUGAUGACCAUUUGAUCAGUCGUGCUUCUCCACAGGAGGUGCUUAAUAGUGAAGGGUAUUUAUUAUUUUACCACAAGCAGAUACUUGAGUACCAUUGAUGUUAGAGAAGAUUAGUACUUGGUGCAUAAUACUGUCUCAUUAUACUGCCGCAGUGUUGUAAUAGUGCUGGACAAUUUGUCUUUCAUAGUCAUUUAUACUUGAUUUAUAUAGAAGUGCCAGUAGUUCUCAGAAUCAGACUUUUCUGAAAAAACAUAGAAAUUAACUUAGUUUUGAUGUCUGAUAAAAUGGGUCUAUGUCUGCUCUUUAAAAGAAUAUAGAAGUUCAUUUGCCAUUAACAUCUGUUAAAAUGGGUUAAAAUAGGCAUUCUUUUCUUUUCAAUUUCAGUCAAAGUUUAAAUAAAUGUAAAAGGAAGGUAAAUAGUUAAAUGCAUUUCAUUGAAACAACUCACACUAAAUUUUAAGGUAAUUAUAUUUGAAAAAAUGUGUUCCUAUCUCCUUUUAGAGGCAGAAACACUUCCUUUCCAAAAAAAUGCAUGAUUUAUGACUUUGGAAAAAAAUGCUUUCUUUUUCUAAAAUAAUCUGAACUGUUUUGGGGAUAUUUCAAUAGCAUGUUAUAUUCUAAGUCCUGUGUUUACGCAGUGUUGUAAUUUGAUUUUCAUUUUGAAAACACUUCCCUAAAUUUUUGUCAUAACUGAUUCUAAGAAAAACUGGUACUUAAUUAGCAUGAUAUUAUUUGUAAAUGUAGUUUCUAUAGAGAUUGUUUAAUAUCUGCAGUUAAAUGGCUUAUCAAUCAAUCGUACAACAAACUGAUGUCAUUCUCAUUAUAAGAUAUUAAAAGAUUUGUGAAAAUUAAGUGUGCUAUUCCAAUCAGAAUACUUAGGAAAAAGUGUGUAAAAUAUUAGUUUUACUAAUAAUUUGGAGAAAAAUUUUAACAAGAAAAUUUACACCUAAAAUAAAACGAUGUAAUGGCACAAGUGAGCAUCCAUUUCUUCUCUCAUUUACUCAUACUAUGAAUGGCUGAUGUUUUUUACUUCUAAGAAACUGAAUAUCCGAUUCUUCAAAAUAUACAGUAAAACCUGUCCAGAAAAAAACUAAUUUAAAAACAGAAUUGUUAAAAUAAUGUAAACCAACUAAUUUUCAUGAAAUCUUUAUUUCCUUGACAUUUUGUGAGUAGAAAACAAGAAUAUAAAUCUUCCCAAAUAUGUGAAGGAAUUUUGAAAAGUUGAAAAUUAAGUGCCCCUUAGCUGGUUUAAAAGGCAGAAUGGUCCAAGAAGUGCAUCCACAGUGAUUAGUCACAAGUUACUACUGAAGUUGUAAGUUCAAAUCCUGCUCGUGGCAAGGUGUGUUUGACUAUUUGCCAAGAUUGCCAGUUUUCAUUCUGAAAGUUGAUG